AACCUGGAGAUUUAAAAGCCGCCGGCUGGCGCGCGUGGGGGCAGGAGGAGGCCGAGCUCGAUCGCUCGGCCCCGGUGACAGCCGCUCGCCUCGAACAGGAUCUGAAUGAUAUGUCCCCAACGAGGCACCCACAGCCACAGGCGUUUAGUAUAGGCUGAGAGCUGGACCUGCACGGAGGGCUGGCAGAAAUGGGCUCCUGCCUGAGUCCUGGGCAGUCUGUGGCAGCAAGGAGGAGAGAGAAGCCUGGGCGUCUGGAGCGGGGCUGGGAUGAAGCAGUUCUGCAGUGAGUGACCGGAUCAGAGCCCGGCCCGCCUGGCCCACCAUGGUCCAGAGGCUGUGGGUGAGCCGCCUAGUGCGGCAUCGGAAAGCCCAGCUCCUGUUGGUCAACCUGCUGACCUUCGGCCUGGAGGUAUGUCUGGCUGCAGGAAUCACCUACGUGCCGCCCCUGCUGCUGGAAGUGGGGGUAGAAGAGAAGUUCAUGACCAUGGUGCUGGGCAUCGGUCCAGUGCUGGGCCUGGUCUCGGUUCCACUUCUAGGCUCAGCCAGCGACCAUUGGCGUGGGCGCUAUGGUCGCCGGAGGCCCUUCAUCUGGGCCCUGUCCCUGGGCGUCCUGCUGAGCCUCUUUCUGAUCCCGAGGGCCAGCUGGCUGGCAGGGCUGCUGUGCCCGGACACCAGGGCCCUGGAGCUGGCCCUGCUGAUCCUGGGAGUGGGGCUGCUGGACUUCUGUGGCCAGGUGUGCUUCACCCCACUGGAGGCCCUGCUCUCUGACCUCUUCCGGGACCCAGACCACUGUCGCCAGGCCUUCUCCGUCUACGCUUUCAUGAUCAGCCUUGGGGGCUGCCUGGGCUACCUCCUGCCUGCCAUCGACUGGGAUGCCAGCGCCCUGGCCCCCUACCUGGGCACCCAGGAAGAGUGCCUCUUCGGCCUGCUCACUUUCAUCUUCCUCAUUUGCAUGGCAGCCACGCUGCUUGUGGUAGAGGAGGCAGCCCUGGGCCCAGGCGAGCCAGCGGAAAGGUUGUUGGUCCCCUCCAGGCCAGCCCACUGCUGUCCGUGUCGCGCCCGCCUGGCUUUCCAGAACCUGGGCACCCUGUUUCCACGGCUGCACCAGCUCUGCUGCCGCGUGCCACGCGCCCUGCGCCGACUCUUUGUGGCUGAGCUGUGCAGCUGGAUGGCAUUCAUGACCUUCACGCUGUUUUACACGGACUUCGUGGGCGAGGGGCUGUACCAGGGUGUUCCCAGGGCUGAGCCAGGCACCGAGGCCCGGAGACACUACGAUGAAGGAGUCCGGAUGGGCAGCCUGGGGCUGUUCCUGCAGUGUGCCAUCUCCCUGCUCUUCUCUCUGGGCAUGGACCGGCUGGUGCAGCGAUUCGGCACCCGGGCAGUCUAUCUGGCCAGUGUGGUGACUUUUCCUGUGGCUGCCGCUGCCACGUGCCUGUCCCGCAGUGUGGCUGUCGUGACCGCCUCGGCGGCGCUCACCGGGUUUACCUUCUCCACCCUGCAGAUCCUGCCCUACACACUGGCCUCCCUCUACCACCGGGAGAAGCAGAUGUUCCUGCCCAAGUACCGAGGAGAUGCCGGAGUUGGUGCCAGUGAGGACAGCGUGAUGACCAGCUUCCAGCCAGGCUCCAAGGCUGGAUCUCCCUUCCCCAAUGGACACGCGGGUGCUGGAGGCAGCAGCCUGCUCCCCUCCGCACCGGCACUGUGCGGGGCCUCUGCCUGUGAUGUCCCCAUGCGCGUGGUGGUGGGCGAGCUGCCUGAGGCCAGGGUCGUUUCAGGCAGGGGCAUCUGCCUAGACCUCGCCAUCCUGGACAGUGCCUUCCUGCUGUCCCAGGUGGCCCCUUCCCUGUUCAUGGGCUCCAUCGUCCAGCUCAGCCAGUCUGUCACUGCCUAUAUGGUGUCAGCUGCAGGCCUGGGUCUGGUUGCCAUUUACUUUGCUUCACGGGUAGUAUUUGACAAGAGCGACUUGGCCAAAUACUCACUGUAGAGUACUUCCCACCCACUGAGGGAGAACCUGCCUCACUGGGUCCCGGCUCCCCCUCUUCAAGCUCCAUAGGGCUGUGGGGCUGGCCUCCCAGUUUCUAUUGCUGCCAAAGUGGCGUGGCUCUCUGCUGCCACCGCAUGGCGGUAAGGUGCAUAGCUGCACAGACAGGGCCCUGGGGUUUCCCUUCCACCUCUCCUGUCUUUAGGGCUGUGGCUGACUCCAAACGGGCCUAAGUCUGGAUUUCUACAGGGAGAGAAAGUCAAGGCAUUCGAUUAGCACCAUGCACUGGAAUUCAGGACUCUGGCGGGCUUACCCAGGCUCAGGGUUAACAGCUAGUGACCUGAUCAAGACAUACCAAGAGAAGGUAUUUGGGGAGCUGAGUAAACUCAGCCACCAUGUAGGUUCCCCCAGGGUUGCUCUAGGGUGAAACUUUCCUCCACAGGAUUUGAAAGUAUGAAAGUUACUUGGGGGGCAGAUUUCUGAGGGGAGAGGGGACACUGGCCCCACAGCACUGCCUUUCCACUGAUUCCCCCAGCCCUAUGUUUUAUCAGGACAUGGCUUGUUGGCCCCUGUGUGCCCAUCAUAGGGACACAGGCCUUUAAAUAUUUAACUUAUUUAUUUAACUAAAUACAGGGGAAUCAAUUCCCAGCUUUGCCUUGUUGGUGUGUAGGAGGUGACAUCCUCAACGACUGGGUCCCAUGAGAUGGCUGGUUAUUGGGCUAAGUGUUGCCAGAACCUCCUGUUUUGGGGGUGAUUGGUCUGGCCCCCAAACUGCCUAACCCAAGGAGCUUGGAAGCUCUGCUCACCCCAACUGAUACCCUAACUCCUCUUACCCAAGGCUGGGUGAAGGCAGAGGGCUGGGCUUCAGGUCUCAGCAGCCUCCCUAGCCUCCCCUCCUCUCUUGGGCCAGCCUGCCCCGCCCCACUCCCCUCUGCUCCCUCUGGGACUGGGCUGAUGAAGGAGCUGCCUACCCCCCACCUUUCUUCACUGGCUUCACAGCCUCCCUUUGGGGCUGUUUCGGGACCAGAAGUACCCAAUAUGGCUCCUCGAGCCUUUAUCCGUCUCAGCCCCCACGGCAUAUCUGUGCUUGGGGACUCUCGCACAGAAUCUCAGGAGCACCCCCUGCCUAGGCUAAGGCGGGCAUAUCUCUGGGGGGUUUUAAGUGCCGUUUGCAAUAACGUCAUUUCUUAUUUAUUUAGCGGAGUAAAUAUUUUAUACUGUAUGUGAGCAAUC